AUGGGUCAAGACGAACGAGACAUUUGGGAUUGUGAGGAGAUUCGGCUUCCAUGCACUCCCAACGGGGCGUCUUGCGCGCUGUCCCAGUGCUGCUCCGAGCCAGGGGCGAAGUGCUACAAGAAGAAUGACCAUUGGAGCUCGUGCAACCAAACUUGCAACCCAAACUACAUGUGGAUGGAUAUCGGAUGGGUCAAGACGAGCGAGACAGUUUGGGAUUGUGAGGACCUCACCGUGAAUCCUGUUGAAUCAGCGGAUAUCAUCGUUGAUGCAGAAGCCGAGGACGAGAAUGGCACGUGCUCGCAGAUCGGGGCGUCUUGCGCACGUUCCCAAUGCUGUUCUGAACCAGGCGCGAAAUGCUACAAGAAGAAUGACCAUUGGAGCUCGUGCAACCACACUUGCAACCCAUACUACAUGUGGAAGGAGGACGGCUGGGUCAAGACGAACGAGACAGUUUGGGACUGCGAGGAGAUUCGGCCGCCGUGCUCGGAGACCGGGGCGUCUUGCGCACUUACCCAGUGUUGCUCUGAUCCCGGCGCGAAGUGCUACAAGAAGAAUGACUAUUGGUUCGCGUGCAACAAGACUUGCAACCCAAACUACAUGUGGAUGGAGAACGGUUGGGUCAAGACGAACGAAACAGUUUGGGAUUGCGAAGUCAUCAGCACCGACAGUACCGAUGUUUCGACUGACUCCGGUGUCAGUAUUGCCGCUGCCACUGAUGUGUCGGCAGACGCCGCGAGUAGCUCCGACGUUGCGACAGCCUCCGUUUGCUCGCAGAACGGGGAGUCUUGCGCAAUUACCAUGUGUUGCGCUGAGGUUGGGUCGAAGUGCUACAAGAAGAAUGACCAUUGGAGCUCGUGCAACCAAACUUGCGACCCCAACAGUAUGUGGACGGCGGACGGAUGGGUCACGACGAACCAGACAGUUUGGGAUUGUGAGGAGACUCGGCUUCCAUGCUCUCCGAACGGAGCGUCUUGCGCACUGUCCCAGUGCUGCGCUGAUCCUGACGCGAAGUGCUACAAGAAGAACGACUACUGGUUCUCGUGCAACCAAACUUGCGACCCAAAUUCCAUGUGGACGGAGGACGGGUGGGUCAAGACGGACGAGGCUGUUUGGGAUUGUGGUGAACAUAUUAUCGAUGAAUCAGAGGCCUCGCAGAAUUUGUGGGACUGGUUGCAUAGCCUGCUCAGGAGGUAG